UUGAACUUUGAAGAGUCCGUUAUCGUCAAUUCACAACUGAAAAAUUUCGCUGUUUUGCAUCAAUAAUUUCUGUCGCUGUCACCAAAAUUCAGUAAAAAGAUUUGAAUGAUGGAGGAGGAAGAAGAAAUGAUGGUUGUUGAAGGUCAAGGUCACAUUGAGUUGGAUGAACAGGUUGAUAGAGAGGCAGUGAUUAUUAUGAAUGCCUUAGCUGGUGAAGCUCAUGGAAAUACAACAUUUCAGAUUAUAAGCCAUGAUGGCCAGGUUCAUAUAACAUCAGAAGAUAGUGGUCAUGUGACCCAACAUAGUGGUCAUGUGACCCAACAUCUUGAUCACAAUGGACAACCAAUCAUCGCUGUUAAUCUGGCUUUUGCACAGGAAGGUCAGGAUCUCCAACAACUUGGUUUAACAGAAAGCAUUUAUGUUGAGUUACCGGUAGCAGAACAGACCUCUGAGAUGAUUGUGGAAGACAGUCAUCACCAAAGCAACCAUACUCAAGAGAGUUUGCUUGAGAUUGUUGAGAGCGGUGAGGUCGACAAGUUACCUAAUCAAGUAGAGUCAUUAGAAAUCAAUUUAGAAACCAUAGGCAGAGAUAGACUAUCAACCAAUCAUAGGAUAGAUACUGUUAUACAAAUACCAGAUGGAUUGACCAAUCAGAGCGCUGAUAAUAUAAACCAAGAAGCUAGUUUGACCAAUGAGAACUCUACUCCUGCCUUACCUGAAUCUGAAGUGACCAACCAGUGUUCAGUUAUCUUGAGACCAGAAUCUUGUUUGACAAAUGAGACUGCAGAACCUGUCAUGUUGGAGUCAGAAUUGACCAAUCAGAGCGCAGAUACUAUCACACCACAAGUUGGAUUGGCCAAUCAGAGCACAGAUACUAUCACACCACAAGUUGGAUUGGCCAAUCAGAGCACAGAUACUAUCACACCACAAGUUGGACUGGCCAAUCAGAGCACAGAUACUAUCACACCACAAGUUGGAUCGACCAAUCAGAGCACGGAUACUGUCACACCUCAAGUUGGAUCGACCAAUCAGAGCACAGAUACUAUCACACCACAAGUUGGAUCGACCAAUCAGAGCACAGAUACUAUCACACCUCAAGUUGGAUUGACCAAUCAGAGCACAAAUACCAUGAACCCAGAAACAGAGGUGACCAAUGUUAGUACAGGUGAGGAGGCUGAGUUGACCAAUGAGAAUGCAGAUACUGUGAUAAGAGAAGCUGAGAUCAACAAUCAGAAUGCUACAUCAGAAACAAAACAGUCAAAUAAUGCAGAGCUAGUGCAAUCCUCUAAUAAAACCCAAGGAACCAAACGUGAUUCCAACAUGAAGUCUGUGUCAAGGGGUACCCCCAGGAAACAAGCUCCAGCAAAGACUCCAGAACCAUCCCAUAAAGUCUGUCAUUACUGCUGGAAAGAGUUCCGAACAGAAAGGCAACACCGUGCCCAUGAGAAAUCUCAUGCCAAGGAAGAAUCACCUUACCUUUGUCGCUACUGCAGUAAGUUAUUUGACACAGAUGGACAGAGGAUGAAACAUAUGAAACAAAAACAUUCUCUCUCUAAAUGUGAAGAAUGUGAGGCUUGCUUUGAUAAUGAGGCACUUCUUGCAAAGCAUAUGAUGUUGCAUAGUCGGCCUAAGAUGUUUAUGUGUAAUAUCUGUGGGUCAAUGUUUACCAAGGAGAGUUAUCUCAUCUGCCAUAAGGUUGUCCAUGAAGAAGAAGAAGAGCUAGGGGAGACCAUGGAUGCAGCAGUAGAUGAGACAGCAAACAAUAAAGACAUCAGCCAUGUGAGAUCAAUAGGCCAAACUCAGAUGGGCCAGACUGUAGAUGAAGGACAGGAAGAGGUGACAGAGACUUUAGAUGAAAGACAAGAAGGAGUGAAGGAGACAGUAGAUGAAGCAGAGAAUGAUGUAGAUGGUGAAGAGGUUGAUGACGAUGACAGUAAUUGGGAAGAACCUGCCUCAAAGAAGUUUAAAUGUGAUGAAUGUGAGAAAUCCUUCACCUCACAGAAAGGUUUGAAGAUGCAUCAGAGAUUGGUUCAUGUAGACAUUCAAAAAGAGCUAUCAAGCAGUGAGGACGAAGAGAUAGUCAAGAAGAAAACGAAGGAAGGAAAGGGUGAAAGAGCCGAGUGUCCAGUGUGCAAGAAGACCUUUGUGAGUGUGCGCCAGUUGACUCGGCAUGAAUCCACACAUGCAAGUUGGGAUUGUCCACACUGCUCAAAGAGUUUCCGGACAUCCUGGAUUCUCAAGGAACAUCUCAACACGCACACAGGAGAACGCCCUUACAAAUGUACCCAGUGUGAAAAAACCUUCAAGAGCUAUGGAGGUCUGAGACGACACAAGAUCAUCCACAAAGGUACCAAGCCAUACAAAUGUGAUCUGUGUGAUAUGAGAUUCAGUGAUGCCUCAUCGUUGAAAAGCCAUAAGAAACGCCAUGCAGGUGACAAGCAGGUGGAAUGCGAUGUUUGUCAGAUGAAGUUUUACACUGGGUUUCAGAUGAGAACCCAUCGACUGACACACGGAGGACAGGACCACAAAGAAGAGAAGCUCCUGCGAUGCGAUGGGUGCCCAAAAGCAUUCCUUAGCCCGAGCAGUUUGGAAAAACACAAAAUAUCAGGUAAAUGUGGAAAGCAGUUCUCCUGUCCUUUCUGCUCUGAAAAAUUCCUUUACAAGAAAGAGAGAGAAAAACACAUGGAGACCCAUACCGAGUAUGUCACCAAAGAAGGCAAAUCAACAGAUAACAAUAAGAAAUCUAACAAGAUCUUCAAGUGCCCUACAUGCAAGCAGGAUUUUCCUAAUCUUCGUACCUUCACAAUGCAUAACAAGAAACAUAGUAAACAAGGGAAAGUCUAUGCAUGUGAGGUGUGUAAUAAGAUAUUCUCUACAUCUGUCAGUCUUAAGUAUCACAUGAAGCUACAUACCGGUCAAGGUCCCAAGUGCUCUGUGUGUAACAAAACGUUCUACAAUGCCAAAUCACUCAGGAGGCAUGAACGCAUACACACCGGCCAAAAACCUUUCAAAUGUGGUUUUUGCGAAAAGUCUUUCAGUGACCAGAGUGCGUGUGCGUCACAUAUGAGAGUGCACUCUGCAGAGAAACCCUUCAAAUGUUCCUACUGUGAUAAAGGGUUUCGUCAGAAAGGACAACGGACAAUGCAUGAGAAGAAGGUCCAUCGGAAAGGAAUGGAAGAUGAUGGCAAGAUGAAUGGAGAGAUUCCAAGCUCUGAAGACACUGGUCUCAAGAUGGUGUAUAGAUGCCGUAUCUGUAAAAAAGAGUUUGAGGAGAAGGAAGAGCUGAUUAAACAUAAAGAAACCCAUGAAGAACUGAAUAAUGAAGAAGAAGAGAUGAUCCCUAUGCCAGCUAAGGUAGCUAAAGCAAAGAAAGAGGUGCAGACAUUCAAGUGUGAUAUAUGUGACCAUACAUUUGCCCAAAAGAGUUACCUAGUGCGUCAUCAAAGGGUACACACUGGUGAGAAACCAUACGGUUGUUCCCUCUGCGAUAAAAGGUUUUCUGAUAAGACCUCCCAACGUCGCCAUAAAUCCAUCCAUACGGGAGCAAAGCCAUUCUUAUGCGAUCUUUGUGGCAAGUCUUUUCGAGACAAAUCAUACCUGAAUCUUCACAAGCGGAUGCAUUUAGGAGACAGACCAUAUGAAUGUAACAUUUGUUCUCGUAAGUUUGUACGGCAGAACUUCCUCAAUGCUCACAUGAAACUUCAUCAAGGUAUCAAACCAAAAAAGCCUCCGCAGAAAAUAUUCACUUGUGAUAUCUGCAACAGAGUCUUAAGGUCUAAAUCAAGUUAUUAUACACACUUGAGAAUACACACAGGUGUGAAGCCAUUCUUGUGUACUUUUUGUGGCAAGGCCUUCCCAACCAAACCUCGUCUUGUCAACCAUGUACGUGUGCAUACAGGAGAGAAACCUUACGUGUGUGAUGUCUGCAAUAAAGCCUUCACAGAACCUGGAACACUCAGAAGGCAUAAGAUCAUCCAUACUGGGUUGAAACCUUACAAAUGUGGAACAUGUGAUCGAGCAUUUGCAGACAAAAGUGCCCUUAACUCUCAUGUUAGAAUGCAUACAGGUGAGAAAUCACACUCUUGUGAAGUAUGCGGGAAGAUGUUCUGGACUGCUACUAAUAUGAGAGCGCAUGCUAAGACACAUCGGAAGAAGACUCUAUUUGAAUGCGGCGUUUGUCAGAAACAAAUCCUUGGACAAGAGAACUUGACAGCUCACUUGGUUGAGCAUGAAGCUGAACAGCGUGUCGCAUCUCAGGCUUUAGCUGAAACCAUGAUGGCUGCACAGGUUAUGAUGGACAAUGUCACAGAGGUUGUUAUCCAGGAAGAUGUUGUCACGACUGAAAACACAGAAUUCCAGUGUGAAAUCUGUGAAAAGUUCUUCAAGACUAAGAAAACUCUUCAGAAACAUAAGGUCAUACACGAUGAAGAGAAGCGCUUUGAGUGCGAGGUCUGUCAUAAACGCUUUGCCAGGAAAUCUUAUUUAGUUAGCCAUUCUACGAUCCAUACCGGUGAGAAGCCAUAUACCUGUGAGGAUUGCGGAAGACAAUUCAGGGAUCGUAGCUCUAUGAAGCGGCAUAUGAAUACACAUAGAGGAAUAAAGCGUUAUGAAUGUAAUGUAUGUCAAAAACAAUUCACUGAUAAGAGUGCUGCUAAUAUUCAUCUUAGGAUCCAUACUGGUGAAAAACCUUAUGAAUGUUAUGAAUGUAAGAUGUGUUUUACACAAAGUGGUCAUCUUGUAGAUCAUAUGAUCAAAAAUCAUUGAUGAUUGUCUUAUCACAUAGUAGUUCAAAUUAAUGGGAAAUCAAAUAGAAAUGCAGGUAACCUUACCCAAUUUGAAUAUUUUGGUACUGCAAAAAUUUGUUUGACUUAGGUGAGACUUAUGACUUCUGUCAGCUUAAACAAGUUUGCUCUGACUUGGGCAAAUAUGGAUGAAUGUUCAGCUAAUGAAAUGUCAAUUAAGGCAUUCUAACCUGUAGUCUUGUAUUGAUUUGACCAUGGUGAUUAUUCCAAUUGUCGAGAGUUCGUUUUAAUAUGCAGCUUAUCUGUAUUAUUUUUUGGCCAUUGAAAAUACCUUUUUUGUAUAUAAACUAUGUUGGAUUAUUAUCUCCUAUUUCUAUCAAUUCAUUGACAGUGGUCUCCCUGUAUACUUACCAGGUUGAGAUAGAUAUGACUUCUCAUGUCUAUUAAAAAAGUACAUAUUUUUAGUGAUUUUUUUUCUUCAUCACCAGGUGGGUUUUUGAUAAAUCUAUUCCUAAGUUAUGAUGAACUUACAACUGUUGGCCUAUCUUACCUUGUAAAUGUCUUGUUUUCUUAUAUUGAUCACAUUCCUAAGAAAGGUCAUCAAUUGGUCAUAAAGUCACUUGUACUUCUGACCAGCUUUAUGAAACACCCACCUUGGACCUAUUGCAUAAAAGUUACUAUCAUGGUUACUGCCACGGUAACGCUGAUCAACAGCCAAUGAGAAACAAGGAUUUCAUGCAGGUUACCAUUGAUCCUUUCUUGUGGUAAAUGGUAUACAUCAAAAUGUUCAUUGGCGAUGGUUCGCUUGUUCUUAAAGUUGCUUUUAACAGUUUCAUGAAACACCCCCUGGUUUAAUUCUUUUCUUCAAUUCCAAUCCUAAUCCCAUCUUAGUUUGUUUGGGGUUUUUGUUUUGUUUUGUUUGGGUAAUGGUAUUGUGAAUGAAGCAAAAUAUCUUCUCUUAUUGAUAGUAUUUAGAUAUAAUAUUGAGAGUGUACAUACAUAAUUCUUUUGCUAGUUGAUUUUAAAUGAUUGAUUUUUUUUAUAGAUUUGAUGUAUCUUAUGUUUCUAAUUUAUUGAAUAUUGAUUGAUGAGGUUCUUUCUCACUAGCUUGCAU